AUGUUGUGCUCAAGAAAUACGAUUCAUUCCAUAAUUGUGAAAUACAAAAAAACCAAAUGCAUCGGAAAUAUUUUGGAUCGUGGGCGAAAACGAAAAACAACAAUACAUGUUGACAAAGCUAUUCAAGGCAAAAUUAAAGUGGAUCGGCGAAAAUCGGCACCAACUGUAAGACAAGAAAUUGAGCAAGAACUUGGUGUAUUAAUAUCCAAUCAAACAGUCCGUCGUCGUCUUCAUGAAAUUGGAUUUUAUGGCCGUGUUGCAAGGAAAAAAUUAUAUGUGAACAAGGCAAACCGACUUAAACGUUUAAAAUAUGUCAAAAUGCAUGAAGACAAGGACAUGGAAUUCUGGAAAACUGUUUUAUGGUCCGACGAAUCAAAAUUUAAUUUGUUUGGCAGUGAUGGAAAGGUAAUGGUAUGGCGGUCACCGAAAGAAGAGUUUAAUCCAGCAUGUACAGUACCAACAGUAAAACAUGGAGGAGGUAAUGUGAAAGUUUGGGGAUGUUUUGCUUGGAAUGGAGUGGGAAAUCUGGCUUUUAUUGAUGGCAAUAUGACGGGUGAAAUGAAAUCAAAUGGUGUUCCAACAGGACAAUGA